AUGGAACAUAUAAUUACGCUAUCAUUAUCAAUUCAUUAUAUAACACAAUAUGGAGAAGAACUUAUUGUGAACUUUGAUAAUGGAAUGAGUAAAAAAAUGAGUUGGAACACAAACCAUGUGUGGACAGUUACAUUAACUAUUCCACCAAGAUCAACUAGGUGGUGGUAUUCUGUGACAAGAGCAAAUCAGAUUAUUAGAGUUGAGGAUUUAGUUAUUCCAAGGGAAUUUGAUUUUGAUUCAAAAGAUCGUUAUUUUGAGGUUGUUGAUCAUUGGAAUGAAUAUUUUACAUCAGUAACCCCAAUUGCUUCAAAGAAAUUAGUAUCGUCAAAGUCAAUGACUUCAAAGUUGAUUAAAAGAUAUUUAAUACCUCGAUAUCAAGCAACACUUGAACGAAGAAAAUCACCAAUCAUAGACGAAAUUAAACAAUUACCUUCAACAAAUUAUUGUGGUGGAAAUUGGGGGUAUUUUGAUGAAUUUGCUCUGGAAUAUCCAAAAGAUACAAAAGUUAUUAGUGUAUAUUCAUUACUUAGAGAAAAUGAAACAGAGCAAUAG